AGAAGAAGAAAAAGAAAAGAGGGACACUGAUGUCUAAAAACGGCAAAAUCACCUGACGGGCUACUUGAAGAUUCUCGGCGUAAGGUGGACAACAGUGGGUUAACUUGGCGCUAAGUGCACUAUAAGUGCGGGAGCGGUUAAUUUGGCUGCGGAGUAUGGGGUAACAUUGAAUAUAACUACCUACUCCGGACUACCAAGAUAUCGACGGCGCUUUGACUGUUGUUCUUUCGCCGUUUCUUGCAGGGCGUGUUCGAGAGGCAUCUCAUUCCUACAAUUCGUGUUUCAUCUACGGAGUACAAACUUACCGAUUUCAUCGUCUUUCUUCCUUCUUAUUUGUUUCUGUGGACAUGGCCAUGGCUACUUACGACACGGCGAAAACUCAGUUCGUCAAGGUGGGCGGCCUUACCUUUGCCUAUAGACAACUCGGCAUAUCGCAUGGCAUCCCGCUGGUAUUCAUCCCAGGUUUCAAACAAACAAUGGAUCACUGGGACCCAGCGCUGGUCAACCCCCUUGCGGCUCAGCGUCCAGUAUUACUCAUUGACAACGCCGGUGUUGGCCGAUCCGAGGGCGACAUUCCCGAUACUUUUGCCGGUUGGGCGGCGCACUACAGCGCCGUGAUCAAUCAAAUCCUUGGCCAAGGCAACAAGGUUGACGUAUUAGGCUAUUCCAUGGGCGGCUGCGUUGCGCAGCUCAUGGCUCUGAACGCGCCGGAGCAGGUACGACGAUUGGUGCUCUGCGGGACGAUUCCGAGCUCCGGAGACGGCGUUAAACCUUCGCCCGAUGGUAAGGCAUUCAAACGCCUCAAGGCGGCCAGAACUGUGCAGGAGGAACGGCAAGCUUUCGAAGACGGUUUCUUUGUGCAACGCUCUGAGCGUAGUCGGGAGGCGGGUAAGCGAGCAUGGGAGCGUAUCGCCAACAGUAGAAGCGACGCCGGAGAGGUGAGAUGCGAACCAGUACCUCCGGGGCCAGCUCAUAAGCAGGCGCUUGCGUUUGUCAGGUUCAUGGAUAAGAAAAACGCUUCCGAGGGGAGUUAUGACCGGCUCGGACAGCUGCGUCUUCCGGUGCUAAUCGCCAAUGGUUGCGAGGACUUGCUGCUACCUACCGACAACAGCAUCCUGAUAUGGAAGAUGCUUAGCUUCGCGGAUGCACGGCUGCAUUUGUUUCCGGAUUCAGGACAUGGGUUUCUGUACCAAUACGCCGACGAAUUUGCGAAGCUUGUGAAUGACUUUCUUGGCGGCAGCAGCUCGAGUCGCGGCAGUCGGCUUUGAGCGCUCCGGAACGUCCACCGUAUGAAUGAUACUAGUGUCCAUGCCUGUCUCGUACCUUAGUGAGCAUGCAAGUCGCGUCUAUUGACGACGACGCGACACCACUGGUUUUCCUCAUUGGUCUUUCAUUGCUUUUGGGUCGCUGCAAGCCCCGCCGCGAACAGCUAGGUCGUCAUGUAACGAGAAAAAUGAUGACCCAGGGGCAGGUAGAUUAAUGGUAGCAUUUUGGUCUG